AUGCCGAGCCACAGCAGAAGCCGCAGCAGAAGCCGAGGGCGGGAGCAGCGUGUCUCUGAGGCCCCUUCAUCGGAGACCCGCACUUCGGAAGCAAGGGAGGAGCGCCGUCGCAAGAGACGCACAGGAUGGGAUGUGGGCGGCGGCGGGGAGGCAGCAAACCCUGCUGAUCCAGCAGCAGCAGCAGCAAUUGCUGCUGCUGCUGCUUCUCGCAUCAACUCAGGCGCCUUAUACCCCCCUGCGAUGACUGCUGCGGGCAUGGCCAUUCCAGGCCGCUCCCCUCAGGCCCCACACCCGUCGCUGUGCCGAAUUUACGUGGGCUCUCUGGACUAUUAUUUGACGGAGUUGGAAAUCAAAUCUGUAUUUCAGGCCUUCGGCACAGUAACUUCGGUGGACAUGCCGAAGGAAGGGGACCGUUCGAAAGGAUUUUGUUUUGUGGAAUAUGCGUCUCCAGAAGCAGCACAAAUGGCACUGAGCACAAUGCACAACUUCGUUUUGAAGGGCAGAACCAUCAAAGUGGGGAGGCCAACAGCUGUAGGUGCAGGUCAGCCGCAGCAGCUCCUAGCGCGCCCCCUUGGCGGCUACGAUAUGGGAAUGGGCGCAGGCGCAGCAGCAACACCAGCAAUGUCCCUCGUCAGCAGCGCACAAGCGGGAGCAGCAGCAGCAACUGCCAUUCUUGCUGGUCGAGCUGGACAGACACCUCAGGGCGACAUGGCAAGCCUGGUUGCUAUGGGGCAGCUGACGCCCGAGAAGCAAAUGGAGACGAGCCCCGGCAGCAACAGAAUUUAUGUUGGCAAUGUGCCCUUCGGCUUCUCUUCAGAGGCCCUCAAG